UUCAUUGCCAAUACCAAGUGUUUAUUACUUUUCGAAAUGAGUUUUUGCAUACAUCCUUGGAAAUAUAUCAACGAAGGGAAUGUCCACAUCGUUCUUCAAAUAUUGAAUAGUGAUUACGUCUUACGUCUCAUAAAAGAAGACUGUAAAACUAAAAAAUUUAAUAUAUCUGAAUCAGUUGAAUUUGUUAACUCAGUCAUGAUCCCGUUAAUAUUUUCUGAUAAAAAAUAUCAGGAAGAAAUCGUUGAAAUUUCUUCAGAGGAAAUUGUAGAGCUGACGAAAAGUUUACACAAAUUUCGACCUAAAAAUAGAAUAUAUAAAUCUAUAAUGACAACUGCAAUCAAGGCACCUAACUUAACGAUGGUCACCUCUAAUGCGGAUAAUUUUUGCAUAGAGAUCAAGCCAAAGGAAGGUUUUCUAGCAAACAGCUUAAAAAGAUAUUCAAAAUGUUAUUACUGUAUGAAACAAUUUCUAAAAUUAAGUGAGAAUCACAUUCAACAUAUUAGUAAUUAUUGCCCUUUGGAUCUUUUUUCUGGCGACACAGACAGAAUGAAAUUUGCAUUAAAAAGUUUAAUAGAUAAUCCACAGAAUAAUUUUAAAUUUUUUAAAAAUGCCAAUGUAAUUUAUAAAGAAAAUAUAUCAAACAAUAAUUUUGAAACUGUAUUAAAUGAAGUAGAUAUGUUUGGAAAAUCUGUGAAUUUAUUUUUAGACUUUGUAAUUGAAAUAUUACUCAGCGAUGGUAAAUCAGACAUAACAGUGUUGCCAACUGUUGAAACAAAUAGCAUAUCUAAGAGCCAACAUUGUAGAGAUGGUAACAAUUUGAAAAAUAAUACAUUUUUAUAUAAACUACUGGAUUUACAAAGAUUAUCAGAAAACUUUAUAUAUACACCAAACAUGUGUGACGAAGUAGAUUAUGUGAAGGAAAUUUUAAAAAGAAUUGAAACACAAAACCUUGAUUUAUUAAAUGCAGAUCACCGAAAGAUUUUCUUAACUUGGGAUCCGUUAUAUUUAGCUCUAAUAUCAGCUAUAGUUAAGGAUUGCUCUAUAAUGUUAAGUUUCACAACAAAUAUUAAUAAUGAAUACCCCAAAGUAACUGUAGGGGGAAGAAAGAUGUCAUACAAAUUGGGUGUAACUGAUUUGGAGCCUAAACCCGCUAAAGUCUUACAUAAGAGAUGUGAAACGGAGAAAAAGUUGCUUGAUAUAUAUGCAAAGAUUGACUUAACAUCAAAAUAACUUUAAUUCAACCACAUGCAGAAACAAGAGCAAAACAACUAGAAGCAUGGCAACAAUUAAUAACAGACUAUCUUAAAACAACAAAA